GACCCCUGAGGCGCGUUCUGUGAAAUUGGAUCCAGUCAAGUCCCCUCUCUCUAUAUUUCUCAAGUCACCCCUUCUCUGUUUUACAUUCAAUCCAAUUCAAAAUCUGCAAAAAGUUUCAUUGUUUUUUCGCCAAAACCCAUCUUAAUUUCCAACUCAAUCUGCAACAAGUUCCUAUUUCUCACCAAAACCCAUCUUAGUUUUCCUCAUGUUGAGCCAUUUAGUUUGCGGCAAUUUCCAUAACGAAGAAGAAGAUGGUCCUGCACCACCAUGUUCAAGCCCUGUAAAGUCCAAAAGAAAGGAAAACAGAGACAAGAACCCCUUCUCCUCACGAGGCCUAGACAAAUUUUCUGAGCUUUUGGAAGAUCUUGAUCAGAAAAGACAGAAAGUUUACUCCCGCAUGAACCCACAUGACAUAUCUUUCGUUCGCUUUGCGUAUACAAGCUCCAACGAUUUCGUUCCCAUCGUGGUCAAAGUGAAAAACAGAGACCACAAGAAACAGGGGAAUGAAGAGUUUAAGGUAAGACACUUGACAUCUUUCUCGGAGUCAAUGGAGAAAACUGCAGCUGCUGCUGUGGAAGAGAGAAAACAACAACACCCCAAGUUGGAAUCUGAGAAGAAGGAAACGAAAAAGAGUGGUUUCAGCUUCUCUUUGAGGAAACCAUCUUUCUAUGUUCCUGCCAUGAUGAUUUUGAUUCUGGUGUUUUUGGCUUUGUUUGGAAGAUCAGUUGCAACACUUUGCACCUGUGUUGUGUGGUAUGUAGUCCCUAUGUUGAAAGAUAGUAGUUUGAAACCAAGGAAAUCCAUAUUGAAGAAGAAGGAAUAUGUUAGAGGUUUGAGUGAGAAGAAGAUGGUGACUGUGACUGAAGGGUUACAUUCUCCAAGAAGUGGUGAUUCCAGGGCUUCAAAUGAUAAGAGUUCUGGAAAACAUAGCCACCAGAAAAGCUGGUGAAGAUUUACAUCUCUGAUUUAUUAGUUCCUUUUUUUUUUUUUCUAUUUCCAAUUCUUGGUUGGGAAUAGGAUUUUUCUUCGUGUAGAUAUGUGUAUGUAUUCUAGGUGACGUAGUUGAGACAAGUUAGAAACUCAAUCUCCUAUUCUUGAUGAAGUUUUCUGAUUGUAAAUUGUGGUAGACUUUAGGGAUCAAAGAUGUACAUCUUGUGGUUAAUGGUUUUGUAAUUAAAGUUAUUGAAAAUGAAAUUUUUUUCAUGGCUUGAUUGAUA